UUUUCAAACAAGUGCAAGGCUCAGAUAGGAGUGCUUGGAUUAUAGUUGUUCUGCUCUUGGAGUUUUGUGGAAGUGGACAUACAAACUGGAAUAUAUUUCAGGAAGCUUCAGGAAUUCUACAUCUAUGGGAGAAGACACUUUAAAGGACUGAAGAGCUGAGACAGAGGAGGGCAGAGGUGUGCUGCAUGGGGGCCAAAGCCAGGCCUUAUGGCAGGAGGCACCCAGAUCUCACUGAGCUAUAAUUACAUCCUGUAGGAGCCUCUGAGGUGAAACAGUUCACACGAAGACACUGAAAGGGAUUUUCUCAGAGUGCUCCGUCUUCUUCUGGCCCUCCAAAGAGUUGCAGAUCGUGUGCCCAUGAGGUCAUCCAUGCUGAUCCUGUUUCUCGUCUUCAGUGCCCAGGCUGUGGCCCCCGUCGUAGGGGUCUCGUGCAGCGUCACAACAGCACAACAGGACAACCCCACCUCCAUCCCCACUGUGGAUCCCAAGCUCUUCAAUAAGCGCCGCCACCUCUCACCCAGGGUGGUUUUCAGCUCACAGCCCCCCGAUGCGGAGCCAGCAGGGGGUCAGGGUGUCGGCAGCAGGACUCGAAGGCACCCUCCGCACCGGGGGGUGUAUUCGGUGUGUGAGAGUGUUAGUGUCUGGGUGGGCAACAAAACCAACGGCACAGACAUCUCAGGCAAUGAGGUGACAGUGCUCGAGUAUGUGAAUAUAAACAAUGUUACCAAGAAACAGUAUUUCUUUGAGACGACGUGUCAAAGCCCUCCAUCUGGAGGCUCAAAAUGUUUAGGAAUUGACGCGAGGCACUGGAACUCCCACUGCACCAACUCGCACACUUUUGUCCGAGCGCUCACUUCAUUCAAGAACCUGGUGGCUUGGAGGCUCAUUCGGAUUAACGUGGCGUGUGUGUGUGUGCUCAGCCGCAAAUCGUGGAAGGACUGAAGACUCACCCAUAGACGGGCACACAGAACACAAUAUAGACAGACACAUUAAAAUGCAGACCAGUGUGUGUCUGCAUAUAACUUAUCACCAAUGACUUCUCACCCUCUGCACAAAGUAAAUUAUUCUUGUAUGUGUCAAAGUAUCAGGACUGCAUUAUAUACACACCAGACCUGGGUUAAAGAGUAUCUGCAAGUAGUUUUAGCCAUUGAAGGAUUAACAUGAUUGUGAAGGUGUUUUAAUCGUUUGUUGUUUUUAUAAAAGAGGCAGUUUGGUGAGGUACAUGUGUUCUUUUGCAACUAUUAAAGUUUAUAGUUGGAAAUUAGAAAUGUUCUCCUAGUAAAACCCAUUACCCGUACUGUUUAAAAGAGCUGCACAACUUCUUCAGUCUGCUACAUUUAGGAGAAUUUAUUGAUAAUAAGAUGUACAAUAUAAAUUGAUUCCAGCUAUUUAAAGUCACAUUAAAAUUAGAGUUAUAUUAUUGUAUGGUGUAAUUAGUCAGUAAAAUAGAGUCAUGUGAAAGAAAUUAGUUUCCUCAUUACAGAUUUAUAAUGUUUCUAUCUUUUGUUACACUUACAUGUUUAGGACAGUCAAGCAAGUAGAUAACCAGAAUAAAUACAAAGACAACUAUUGUUAAAUCAUCAUUGUAUUUAGUAAUGGAAAAUUUGUUUACACUAACCUGAAAACUUAAUUCCUAGGAUUAACAACUUUUUAAAUUUGGCUUUUCUCAUUCUACCAAUGCUAAAUUACUCACUAAACAGCUCAGUAAAGAACCUGACUUUUGAAAGAUUUCCAAAGUUAUCUUUGUUCUAAAAAAACUUAAGAUGUUUAUGAUGAUGCCUAAAGUUUAGGGGGAUUUUUUUGGUCUGAAGAGACAUAAGUGGAACUUUUCAGCAAGUAUGAAUCAGUUUACAUUUGGCACAAAACUAAAACAUUUCCACAAAAAAACAUGGUGGAGGGAGAGUGAUGGUCUAGAACUUCCUUGUUUCUUCAAUAACUUGUUGACUGACAAACUGAUGGCACUGUGAAUUAAUCUUUUUACCAGAAAAUCGGCCAUCUUUUGGGACAAUAAGCUGAAGUAUCUGCCACUCAAUAACUGUAAAAACAAAACAAAGAUUUGGGAGGUGGAUAAUUUGGUGAUAGUUUUAUGCAUUUAAAUGUGACAUUGAACCAAAAACAGAAGAAAUAUAUCUAGAAAUAUAUGUAGAGAUAUAAAUAGAAUUUAAUAGAGCUAUAAAGACUUUUUCACAUAAUCCCAUUUAUACAAGUCAUACUGGUUGUUUGCCUUGGUUAUUGUGUAAAUCCAGAAUAGUUUGACAGUCUAAAAACGGUGGAAUAAUCUAUUGUAUUUUAUAUUCAUUUUCCAUCAACAUUAAAGAUAUUUUGAUGGUUGCAAAAAUUGAGGAAAAUUUUUUUGGUAUUAAAAUAAGAGAACAAUACGGGAAUUAAAACCAGCCUUAAACUAAGCAGUGAUGGAGGGUUACCGCGUUCAAAGACAAUUUACCACAACCCACAAAACAGAACAAUUUUAGGUCUUUCAUAGUACAGAUUUUUUUCUCUACUGAAGGAGCUGAAUAAUUGUCACAUUUGGAAAGAAAAGUGAACACUAUUCAGUUAGUUGCAGUCUAGCACUUUACCACAAGAUAUUCCUAAGCCAAAGUAAAUUUAAUGCAGUUUAAAAAUGGCAUAUUUGUAGAAUCUCUUGAUAGUUUAAACUAUACUUCCAAAAUAUCACUUUUACAAGAACAGCCUUAGUUUAAAACAGUGGUUGCCAAAGAUUUUCUGGGCUUGCUUAUGGAUUACAAUAAAAUCCCCCCCAAAAAAGAAAAAAAGAAAAAUCAGUUGGGCACACACAUUGUUUAACCAGACAUAAACAUAUACACAUAUUUUGUUUUCAAACUACACUGAAGUUUAUUUCACACUUCAGGUUGCAACAAAACACACUACAAACCACCUUUACUUUAACAGUUUUUUUCAUCCAUCCAGCACCCUGUCCCCCUGCAAAGGCAUUGCGCCCCCUCUUGAGUACUUACUGCUUAAAAAGGAAUUAGGAAGUACUAUUAAAUGCACAGACUAUCCAGUAGCAUUUUUACUAAUUUCAGCUUUCUCCUUACAUUUUUGUAUGAUGUAGAGCCUAAUCAAACCACAAAACUACAAUAAAAUUAGCCCCAAACCUGCAGAUACCAUGUUUGCUCUGCUGCAACGUGUAAUUUAAAGGGUUAUUUUUAUGACCAUGGGCAACAUUUUAUAUCGGAAAAAGAAUUAUGAUGUACUAAAUUUGAGAUUUGGAUAAGGAAGCGGGCUUGUGGACCAAACCACAGCUGCACUGUAAACCACAGCUUAUGAAAACACAGCAUUUCGGUUUACAAGUCUUUUUGACUGUAGCUUUUACAAAGCAGAGGCUAAAAUCUGUGUUGUUAAUAGCAGCUGAGUCAGUCACAGUAAAAGGCCCGUAAAAGUUUUGGCACAGCAACACAGUCAAAUUUUUUGUAAUCAUUUUUGCCUCACUGUUCACCAUCUUAAAGAAAACUUGUCUAGCUGAGAAAGGCUAAUAAAACCAUUCAGCGGAUACAAUUUAACCCAGGUCUGUUAUAAGCAAUUGGUUCAUUUUCUUAAAUAAUAAAUAAUUAUGAGAAUGUUGUUAUUUAUUAAACAUAUACAAACAUGAACUGUAUGUUUCAUGAAGUGAUUCCUGCAACUAUGAAGAAACAUCACAAAGAACCAUAUUUGAUUAGCUGCUUUUGUGGAAAAAAAACGAUUAAUCUAUAUGUUUUUGACAGAUCAUGAACUUUAUUUAUUGCGUUGGCUGGUCUUUAUGUUGAUUCUUCUCACCAUCAUUCUACAAUUGAUAUCAAACAACGCGUUUUAGAAAUAUCCAUAAAAAAAUAAGAUGGCAAAUGAUUGAUGAUGCCUACUUACUGAUCAUACACUGAAAACAAUAAGUCGUUGGAUGAACAUAACAAAAUUAUGGAAAUGAUUUCCACCUGAUUACUUUUCUUGAUUUCAGCACCAUGUACUUGUGUUACUCCUGUUUAAAGCAAAUGUGUUAGGUCAACCUAAUUUUUGAAGACUAUUCCAAUGUAAAUCAAACGUGUUGGCUCAACAUAAUAUAUUGUGUUUAUUCUAAUUUAAAUAAAAUGAGUUGGCAAAACAUAA